CCCUUGCCAGAUUUCUCCAUCUUCAUUAAAUGCAUUGGGAUCUGCAGAGAGGAGCCGUUUGCUCAAUGGUGCUUUUUAUCACUUGUUUCCUUUUCGCCGUAAAGAGUGCUGUUGCAAUCUCUGCCACCGUUAGUGAUGACAACCAAAUCAUAGUGUCACUCCAGCCACCAGAUGUGACCAAUGGAUCCUCUUUGUAUUAUGUGAAGAUAACACAGUCUGUUAACCUGACUAGUUAUAAACUCCAGUUCGAGGACUUCAACCAUACGCUCCCUCCUCCUGUAGUCUUCAAUGCUUCUUACCAUGGGAUCUACUACUUGGUUACUCUCCUGAUCGGAAGCUCGCAAUCAACUGCUAAGCCAGUACAUUUGGUUGCUGUAUUAACAAAACCUCUUCCUGUCAACAGUGUGGCAAUAUAUGACUACAAGCAGUCGCCACAAACUGGAGUCCUAUUUGAUAUUCAAUAUCCAAAGCAGGCCACCAACUUUUUCUCAAGGUUAAAAUUAAGCUACUUUGAAGGCAACCAUUACCGAUCAUCCCUCCACAAAGACUUUCUGAAAGGCAAAUUGAUUUUCAACACUUGGCUGCCAGGGACAUGUUACAGUAACAUCACAUUGCAGCUGGUGGCCGAGGCCAACGUCAACAGAAUUCCAUUAAUGGAGUACAGUGCUGUUGGUCAUGAACCAAAACAUCAUCGAACAGUUCCCUAUCCCCCAGGCAAUGUGUCAAUGAAGAUUGUGUAUGGAAGAAGCCAAUUUAACAGUGAAAGUCAUGCAGGUCAUGAACAAUUUUCACUCAACGCUAACAAAGUGGUGGUUGAGGGAAGAAAUAUAAUCGAUACUGAGGUCAGUGAUCUCACAACUACCGAACCAGUCAGUAAGGGAGAUCAUAAAUCAUCCGGUGAAGGUGGCAGCAGAAGAAUUUCUAAUUGGGCACAGGAGUUCCGGCUGGACAGUAAAGAGGCCUCGGCAAGUGGAGGUGAUUACUUAGAUGUAAUGAACAUCACAGAAGUGGACGCACAACAUGUUACAUACACGACUACAGAGCCCGAGAGUUCUGUUGCCAGUCCAAAGACUGUUUGGCUUGUGCUUGAAUGGUUCCCUCCAAAGCCACCUACAGCCUAUGAUGGGUUCAACAUUUAUAUCCAAAGGGAAGGGCACCCCACUGACGUUUACAGAGUGGAAAAUAGCAGUUACCUGUUCGAGGUGCAGCUCAGAGAGCCAGGGAAGUACAUUGUAAAUGUGACAACAGUCAGUUCCUUUGGUACCUGUCCGACUAGAGAGGGUUCUUCCAAGAGACCCCUGACAUUCUACCUAAGUUCUUCCGGGAAAUGGUUUAAGGAGGUCACUGAAGCUCCUCAAAAUGUUUAUGUGAAGGUGCUGAACUCUAUCACUGCCCUUGUAUUCUGGACUCAGUCGCAAGAAAGCAACUAUGACUGUAUUGUCUCGGUCCUCUCUCUCUCUUGUCAGCAGCAAACAGAAGGGCAAAGAAUUGAAUCUCUUUAUUGCUCAAAGGUAAACCUGAGUGGUAACAUCAUUGAAAAUCUUAUGCCUGGAGCACACUACCAGGUGGUGGUCUAUCUGAAGAAUGGUCCAUCAGUAGGCCCUCCGUCUUUCCCGGUUACGUUCAGCUUGAGCCCACCAGGAGUGAAGAAGCUCCAACUGUAUCCACUGGGGCCCACGGCAGUGGUGCUGAGCUGGAGCAGGCCGCAUGCUGUGGUCUUCAAGAAGUACCUUGUGGAAAUGUACCAUCACAACCCAAAAAAUCGGAAGUCAAAAUGGAAAACCAUUCAAGAUAUUCCAUUCACAAGUGCCUUAACAACCUCAAUGAUCGUGACUGACCUGCGACCGGCCUCGCGCUACGUGUUCCGUGUAAUGAUGGUGUCGUGGGGAGAGCCUGAACGCAGUUGCUGUGACAGACCAUUAGCACGCUAUAUAACAGCACCACUGGCUCCAGAGAUUACGUGGCUGGAGUAUUCCAAGGAUGUAUUAUCUGUCAGCUGGAAGUAUGGGAACGCUACAACAGGAACAUCGGAUUCAACCCUCGCAUACUGGCUGGUCAUCGCUGUUGGACGAAGGAUCAUUAAGAAAAGUGUGCCACCCAGUGUAAUGACAACCCUGCUUCGACUGCCUCCCGGGGACAUAUACAACAUUACUGUUGUAGCCUAUACAGAAGGAAGCAGCAAUUCAUCCAUUCCACGAAUAAUUCAACUCCAGCCUGCUUCUCCCAAGUCACUCUUCACUGUGAACAGAACGCGGUCGUCUGUGACCCUCCUGUGGGUCGAGGAAGGGGUCACUGAUCAUUACAGGGUCAUUUGUAAACAGGUGGGAUCAAAGAAGGAAGCAAAGAAAGAAGAGGCCACAGUGUACACACCCAUUGUUACACUCUCCAAUCUCGUCCCAUCGACCUCCUACAACUGCAGCGUGACCAGUGUCAGCUACGAACAUUACAGUGCUCCAGUAUUCAUCACCGUCUCAACAGUUGCAGACGUCAGUUCGAACAUGGUGGUGAUUUCUGUCUUGGCAAUUCUAAGUAUCCUGCUGAUAGGACUGCUGCUGAUCACACUCUUUAUUCUUCGACGUAAACACUUGCAACAUGCCAGGAAUUGUGGAGCAGGAAUAUUUGUCAACUUUGCCACUCUGGAGAGAGACGGGAAGUUGCCUUUUAACUGGCGUAGAAGUAUUUUUGCUGUUCUUGCACUGCUCCCAUCAUGCUUUUGGACUGACUAUCUUUUGGCCUUUGGUAUUAACCCUUGGAAUAAAUACGCACUGAAGAAGAGGAAACUAGCCAACCCAGUUCAACUGGAUGAUUUUGAAAUGUAUCUGAAGGAAAUGGCAAAAGACUCGGAUUACAAAUUCUCUCUGCAGUUUGAGGAUCUAAAGCUGGUUGGUCAAGAUAUAUCCCAUGAUGCAGCUGAAUUACCAGUCAAUCGAUGUAAAAAUCGGUACACUAACAUACUGCCAUAUGACUUCAGCCGAGUCAAAUUAACUUCUCUGCAGUGUGAAGACGAGUCAGACUACAUCAAUGCUAAUUAUGUUCCUGGAUUUAAUUCUACCCGAGAGUAUAUUGCAACACAAGGACCCUUGGCAGAGACAAGAAAUGAUUUUUGGAAGAUGGUAAUUCAACAGAAGUCGGGCAUCAUUGUUAUGCUCACACAAUGUAAUGAGAGGAGACGGAUAAAAUGUGACCAUUAUUGGCCAUUUAACAAACAGCCUGUCAGCUAUGGAGACAUCACCGUCGAAAUGGUUUUUGAAUCGGAGCAGUCUGACGAGUCAGAAGAUAGUCUUCAGUCUGAGUGGAUCAUAAGAGAAUUCAAUGUCAGCUAUGCAGAUGAGGUUCGGAAAGUGGUUCACUAUAAUUACAUGGCAUGGCCUGAUCAUGGUGUCCCCACAGCAGAUGCAGCUGAGACCAUCUUACAUUUUGUCCAGUUGGUCCGGCAGCAAACAGUGGAGAGACCCGGACCUCUAAUUGUUCAUUGUAGUGCUGGAGUGGGAAGAACGGGAACCUUUAUAGCUCUCGAUCGCCUUAUGCAGCACAUUCAAGAGCACGAGUAUGUAGAUAUUCUGGGCUUGGUGGCUGAGAUGCGAACUUACAGAACAUCAAUGGUUCAGACAGAGGAGCAGUAUGUUUUCAUUCACCGUUGUGUGCAGCUGAUGUGGAAAAAGAGAAAGCAACAGUACAAUAGCAGUGAUGUGAUUUAUGAGAAUUCUAGACCAUCCCAGUUAUGAGACUUGCAGGAUACAAAACCUUACAGUACAGUUCUUUUCCUGAGUUUUGGAUAUCCUGUGCUUUGAUCUGACCAGAGGAUGACUCCUAGCAAGGGAAAGAUUAAACAUGUGAAAACAAAUGCUCUGGAACAAUGCCUUAAAGUACCUGUAGUGUCUUUGAACUGUUUCCACCAAUGAAAAUUCAGUGUGGGACCAACCUCAUUGGGAAAGGUUUAAAGUAGGUACAAGUGACAUCUGCAUGAGGAAGGAAAGGAAGAAUGAAGCAUAUUGCAUUUCAUUGCUCUUGUUCCAUGACUGCACAAGAUCUCCACUAAAACUCCAUUUCCUGGAAUCGUCUAGCCAUUUUUUUUUACAAACCAAAAAAAGGAUUUUAAAUAAUACUGCGAGGGAUUAAUGAAGAUGACAUUUAAAGAUUGUACAAGUACAAUAGAAAAUGUUUGCAUUGAAGGUAGAGCUGGGAAUAGGAAGAUUUGUCAUUUUUGGCAGAUCUAAUAAGUAUUCCUCAAAAAUGCACAGGCUGUUUAAUAUUGAUGUUGUGUAAUACAUUAAUGUGUCUGGCAGUUUUUGUUGUGUCGCAGAUGAGUAAAAUUCAUUUUCAUGUGGCAGAUUUAAUUGCAAAAAUGACUAAUUGUAACUUUAGCACACUCAAAAUUUCCUGGCACUAAAAGGAGUGGAGAGAAGUCGCAAGGUGUGCGCAUGUACAAUUGGAGCUCCACAGUUUUCAGGACGCCAAGAGCAAAAAAUAAAUAAAUAAAAAUGUGUAUGGGUAUACAUGUUGGGUAAAAAUAGUCCUGGAAAAGUACAGGUACUUAAGCCUACCAUAAAAAUCCAAUGCAAAUCGGUCAGUACCCCACAAGCUGGUGGAGAUUACACUGGAUCAACACCAUGUUCCCAGAAAGGUCAGGGAGCUCAUCAUGAACUACUAUGGGAACUUCAGACUGAGAGUUACUUCUGGAGCUAUGACAUCAGGCUGGCAUAGGCUGGAGAAGGGGAUUAUAACGGUGCACAAUCUCCGUUACUCUCUUUGCCCUUGUCAUGAAUACGAUAGUCAAGGCAGCUGAGGCAGAGCGUUGAGGUCUGCUGACCAAGUCUGGUGUUCAGUAGCCCCCAAUCAGAUCUUUUAUAGAUGACCUCAUUGUCACGACAGCAUCAGUUCCUGGCAGCAGGUGGAUCCUCCAGGGCCUGGAAAAGCUCAUUAUAUGGGCAAGGAUGAGCUUCAAACCAGCUGAAUCCAGGUCCCUGGUGUUGAAGAAAGGAAAAGUGGUGGACAAGUUUUGUUUUACCUUGGAUGGCACUACAAUUCCAUCUAUCACCGAGAAGCCAGUCAAGAGCUUGGGGAAGGUCUUGGACUGUAGGCUCAGAGUGCAGCUGCUGUCCGAUCAGCUUCCAAGGCGCUUGAGAGCUGGUGGACAAGUCAGGCCUACCUGGAAGGUUCAAAGCCUGGAUUUACCAGUAUGGCAUCCUACCCUGAAU